AUGCUCAGUAUCAAAACCGACAAACAUUGCCCGAUCAGCAGCUUCAUUGGCGCCAGUAACACUGUUAGUAAAAACUGUCUUGUGGACAAUUUCAUACAACCGCUGCCGUUGACAUCCGGUGUAAUCGCGACAACUCCGUCAUUUUCUUCAGCCAAUAGUACAUUUGUCUUUGGGGGAGAGCCCUACGCACGACAGAGGAGCACAUUUUUACCUCUUGAUUCCUUUACUCCAAAUCCCGUGCGAUCUAUGCUACCUCAACUCACCGAACAACUAGGUGAUCAGGGUCCAAUCGAUUCCGGUGCUUCGACAACAGAUUUGGGAUUGAACAGACUGAUGGAAAACACAUCACAUCCAUUUGCAUGCCAGGUCUGUUGCGCUUUCACGACUGAUCAGCCGGAUCUGUUAAUUAAACAUGCAGAAAAAAAUCGCGUAUCCAUCAGUUCGGACCCAAUCAAUCCGUGGAUUACAACACAUACGGGCAAUCUUUGGUUCUGUCGUCUGUGUGCCUACAAAAGCCCAUUGAAGGCAAACUUUCAGUUGCAUUGCAAAACGGAAAAACAUGCGCAACGGUUGAGCUUAUUGUUGCACGUAUGUGAAGGAGGACCAACAAAUCAGGCCCGAAUACUUUCGUGGCCUGGAACGAAUCGGUCAGUGGGAUUGCCUAAUCCGGUAGAACAUGGGCAGUUCGGGACAAGACAACCGAUCAGUUUACCUCCAUCUCCUAUCCAAUUGUUGUGUUUGGCGUGUGACGUGUACACCACAUCGGUGCACAAAUUUCGAGUUCACUGUCAGUGCGCUCGGCAUCAACGUGCCGUAGAACUGUUCACCUAUUUGGCCACCAGUCGAAGUCAUUUGUGGACUCGUCUGAGUGGUUUGUGCCUGACAUUUGCUCAACUCAUUCGAUUGCCUCAAGCCGAGUCCAUGGGAGAAAAUUCUAUGGGUGAUGGACUUGCUCACGUGUCUCGUAUUAUGAGUGAAAUCAAAGUGGAAUUUGUCUGUGAGAUUCCUCGAUGCACUGCGCGCGAAUCCAGCAUGACCAUGGAAACCGGGCCACGGCGAUUUACCACAAUUCCCAAAGCGUUGACACAUUGGCAUAGCUCCGAGCAUCAACAAGCGUUGACCUUUAAUCAGCAGACGGGUGUAGAGUUGUUUCAUCAGCUGAACAAACAGCACGAAGGUAUUGGAGUCCGUUGGUGUCUGGGUGAAUCGUGCGGUACUGUGGAUCAAGUCCCUCUGCUAUUGGCUGUACUGAGUGGUCAAAAUGAUACGGAGCUUCAUCGGGGGAAAUUGAACUCAUCAAACGCGCAUCUCAUGCGACCUGUGGUGCCCAGUAAUGCAGCCUCAGACUGCAAAACUGACUUAGUCAGCUCUAGGCCAAUGCUAAGUAUCCAACCGCCGACGGUCCUUCAACAGCUACUCAAANCGUUGAAUAAAGCAUCUGGUCCGGAUGAACUAUCAGCCGUGGUACUCAAGGGAUGUGCGGACACUCUUUCAGCCCCGUUGUCCAAAAUAUUCAAUGACUGUCUGACAAGUGGAAAAAUCUCCGAUAUUUGGAGACUGGCCAAGAUAACUCCCGUUGCAAAAAAGGAAUCCGGGAAGUAUCAUCCCAUCGGCUGCACAUCAGUCAUGCUCAAAUUGACUGAGAGAUGA